CUAAUCCCUCUUUAUUUUUUCCAAUUAGGGUUUUUCUCGAUUUCCCUUCUUUUUGCUUCGUGCUAAUUUUUUUAGGGGUUUCUGACUUCGUUGCUGAUUGCAAUUCGGCUGUGGCCGGCGGCGUUAAAUCCCAAUUCUUGAUUCCGACUCGCCAUUGAUCGCAAUUUUGUUGCGUAAUUUGAUGAUUUUUAUUUAAAAAAAAAAAUUUAUUGAAUGGUUUUUAGUGGGAUAAUUUGAGCAGCGAAUUGCUGAAUUUUGGAUUUGGGAGAUUAGGGAUUUUAGCUCUCGGCGGGGUAAAGAUUUGUAAUUUAUUGAAAAAAUUGGGGGAUUGAUAAUUGUGUUUGCAAAUUGGGGAUUUGAGCGAAUUGAUGAAUUUGAUUAUUUUAAUAGGAUUUUGAAAUUUAAUUUAGAAUAAUUUGAUGGUUUCGCGUGGAAAAUCAUGAUUUAAACGUGGUAAUUAGUAAAUUUUAUCAAACAGCAGCUGCAUUGUUAUCGAGAUUAUUAUUUUGUGGAUGAAACUUUAAUAAUUUCCUGCAGUGUUGAUGCACACUCAAACAUUCUGUUUGUAAUCUUCCAUGCUAAAUGUUUGGUAAUUUACAGUUUCAGCAUGAAUGAAGUCUCAUAAAAUCAGCAAGAUGGAUGUACAAAUAUACAAUUCAGAACAAACUCCUGGCCAUAUGCCUAACUACCCAAGGCUGAAUUCAAGUCCUUUUUUGCCGGGAGGGGAUAGUUUACGUUGUCAAGCGUUGAAAUGCCCAGUAGGUUACUUGAGGGAUUGGCGCAAAGGUCCUAAAGUUAUCCGCUUUCGUAAUUUCGUGAGGAAACUACUUAAUGAAUACUUCUUAAUACGUACCAAUUACGGGUGUGGAGAGAUGGCAUCUGAUUAUGCGGCUGUCAUGGAGAACCAGCUAUUUAUGGAGGCUACUUCUGAGGAGGAGUAUGUGAAUGUGGAAACAUUAUCUCAUCGGCUGCAAAAAUUACUCAACCUAUAUGAUGCAAACUCCAGUCAACCAGCAGUUUCUGCAGAAACACCUUUCAACUGCUUGGGUGGUGCUAGUAGAUCUGACUCUGCUUGUUAUAAUGCAUUCAUAGCUAAUAAUGCUGACGAUGUUAACCUCAUAAAAGGGUUCCCUUUUAAUGGUGAUAAGCAGGGAGAUACUAAAAGAUUCAUUACUUCCGAUGAACUGGACAUGCGUUUCCUGACAGCCUAAGACAGGCUUCUACUGAGACUGUUGUUCCUCUUGAGGAUGCUUCAACAUCAUUCGCUGCAUGCUCCAAUGCCAAUCAAGGAUAUCUGAAUUACAUUUCUGACAUAUCAUCUGAUUGUCAGGUUCAACAUCAACAUCUUGGCCAUGUUGGAUCCUCUAAAUUUGAAGGUCGUUUGGGGUGUAACAAGAAUGCUCGAUCGGUUGUUUUUCCAUCCACAGAGGGAGAGUUUUCAGUGUUUUCCUCUUCUAACUUGCUGAUCCCUCAACAUGUUCCAACGGAUGUUCCUGUAGUCUCCAGAGAGAUCUCAACUCUUGAGGAUAUAUUGCAAUCUUGCUCCCAGAUGAUAAAGUCUCAACAUAACCGGAAACGACCCCUUCAUCCAUUAAUGCGGUCUCAGGUUCCUCCAGUACAGUCACAUGGUGCUCAACAGUAUGCUUCAGAUGGACCCAGUGCAGGAAACAUUGAAGAUAUGCUGCCUUUGUCAAAAAGGUUGAAGAUGGGUAACAAAAAUGGAAGUAAUCAUCUAUUGGCUCCUUCAGUUGUUCAACAUUGUGUUCCUGGAGGACUUUCAUAUCUGCAGCAACAGUCUGAAUCUCCUACAUCCAUUAAUUCUGAGGACAUAGUGCAAUCUUGUUCUCAGAUGAUAAAGUGUCAACAUAACCAAAAACAAUCCUCUCAUCCAUUGAAGCAGCCUCAGGCUCCUUCUGAACAGUCACAUGGUGCUCAACAGUAUGCUUCAGAUGGACCCAAUUCAGGAAGCAUCAAAGAUUUGCUGCCUUUGUCAAACAUGUUGAAGAUGGAUAAUAAAAAUACAAGUUCUCAUGUAUUGGCUCCUUCAGUUGUUCAAAUUUGUGUUCCUGGAGGACUUUCAGAUCUGCAUCAACAGUCUGAAUAUCCUAUAUCUAUAAGUUCUGAGGAUAUAGUGCAAUCUUGCUCCCAGAUGAUAAAGGCUCAGCAUAACCGAAAACGACCCUUUCAUCCAUAUUUGCAGCCUCAGUUUCCUCCUGAACAGUCACAUGGUGCUCAACAGUAUGCUUUAAAUGGACCCAGUUCAGGAGAUAUUGAAGAUAAGUUGCCAUCGUCAAAAAAGUUGAAGAUGGAGAACAAAAAUGAAAAUUACCAUACAUUGGCUCCUUCAGUCGUUCAACCUUGUGCUCCUGAAGGACUUUCAUAUCUGCAGCAACAAUCUGAAUCUCCUGUAUCUAUUAACUCUGAAGUAACGCAUGUGGAGAUGGAACCUGUAAAUAAUUCCAUACAAGAAUCAAUGAGGAUCAAUGACGUUACAAAAUGUGAUUCUGACAAUAUCCUUGAACUGAACUCCGAGAGUGUGCCCAUUCCUUCUGGGGAAGGAUCUGCUUGUCAUCAGAGGGAACAGAUAGACCUUACUAGCAGUAGUGAGAUUAUAGACAAUGUGAAAGAAUUUUCUGGAAGAAUGGGGUCGAAGAGUUUCCAAUUUUUCUCGGAAGAUCUUAAAGAGGGAACUGUGAGGACUGAGUUCAUCCAGACAGAGCCAGAACCAGACUCUGAUUUUGAGGAAGUAAUAAAGCCACAGAAUCCAGAAACAAAUAGUGUCCUAUUGACGGAACCAUUUAAAGAAGAGAAAAUCAAGGAACAUUUAUCGAAUCUUGGGCAGAGCAUUGAUCAGAGUAUCUUGAUGGAAGACAGAGAAAACAGUGAGAAAGUGUGUCAGUUGUGCGCAUUAGGAAAGCUGUUUUUUGCUCCUGCACAAAUAUAUUGCUCAUGCUGUGGUCUCCGUAUCAAGCGCGGUGUAAACUAUUACUGCACACUAGACGAGCGUAGUUCACGAUAUUGUUUUUGUAACUUGUGCUAUAAGGGGUCUCGAAGAGGAAAUAUCUCAUUUCAUGGGAUCCGUGUCUCAAAGGCAACACUUGGUAGAAAGAAGAACAAUGAGGAAACUGAAGAACCGUGGGUUCAAUGUGAUAAAUGCAAGGGCUGGCAACAUCAGAUAUGUGCUGUCUUGAAUGAUAAAAGUGCUUUGAGAGGCCAAGCUGAGAACACUUGUCUCAAAUGCUUGUUAAACGAAACAGAAUGUGGGGAGCUCAAGAACUUACCAAAGAGUUCUGUUUUCAGUGCAAAAGAUCUGCCAACUACCAUGCUUAGUGACCAUAUAGAACAAAGACUCUUUAGGCGCCUCAAGCAAGAGAGAGAAGAUAGAGCAAAGGUCGAAGGAAAAGAGUUUUUUGAGGUUCCAGGAGCGGAAGAUCUUGUUGUGAGAGUAGUGUUAUCUGUUCAAAAAACACUAAAAGUUAAGCAGAAGUUUUUGGAUCUCUUUCAUGAUGAGAAUUACCCUGCUGAAUUCCCAUACAAAUCAAAGGUUAUUCUUUUGUUUCAGAAGAUUGAAGGAGUAGAUGUAUGCCUUUUUGGAUUGUAUGUGCAGGAGUUUGGCUCAGAAUGUAGUCACCCGAAUAAGCGUUGUGUUUAUAUCUCAUAUCUGGAUUCUAUUAAGUACUUCAGGCCAGAGAUAAAAACCGUGACUGGAGAAGCUCUUCGUACGUUUGUUUAUCAUGAAAUACUGAUAGCUUACCUUGAGUUUUGCAAGAAACGAGGUUUUGUUACCUCCUACAUAUGGGCGUGUGCCCCUUUAAAGGGUGAAGAUUAUAUAUUACACUGCCAUCCAGAAAUGCAGAAUAUGCCCAAGCCUGAGAAGCUGCGGCAAUGGUAUCAGUCAAUGAUAAAAAAGCAGCUGAAGAAAAAAUUGUGGGCGAUUGAACAAGGGAUGGCAGAUACGCAGAAGAAAUCGAAGAAAACAAUAACAAAGAGAACUUUGAAAGCCAUGGGGCAUACAAAUCCUUCUGAUGGCUCUACUAAAGAUAUUCUUCUGAUGCAGAGAAUGGGUCAAACCAUUUUACAGAGUAAGGAGGACUUUAUAAUUGUCGACAUGCAGUAUGUUUGCACGCACUGUCAUGAAGCAAUAUUAUCUGGACGACGCUGGUCUUGUGGUCAGUGCAAAAGUUUUCACCUCUGUGGAAGAUGCCAUGACGCUGAGCGCAAAAAUUGUGGACAGGACAUUCACAUCUCCAUCAACAUGGAACGACAUGUGCUUUCUCAGGUUGUGGUGGAGGAUAUGCUUUCUGACACUAAGGACGAAGAUGUUAUUUCGAACAACAAUUUACUUGAGAAUAGGCAUAGGUUUCUUGAGCUUGUGUGAGAAAAAACACUAUCAGUUUGGCACACUUCGCCGGGCCAAGUAUUCCUCAAAAAUGAUUCUGCAUCAUCUCCAUAAUGCUACUGCGCUAACUUCUGGGAAUACAUGCAGUCUGUGCCAUAAGGAUGCUGUGAUUGAUCAGAGAUGGGUGUGUGAAAUGUGCCCAGAGUUUGAUGCUUGUGCAACAUGCUAUCGAGAGAAAGGAAGCUCUUGUCAUAUUCAUAAGUUGACUCUAAGUUCUUCAGCUAGCCGUAGCCAUACGACAGAGAGUCAACAGGCACCAAAAAAAGGAUUUCUGAUAAGGGAACUGCUAGAUGUUUUACAGCAUGCAACUACAUGUUACCCAGCCAAGAGUCAGCCUUGCUUUUACCCAAACUGCCUCCAAAUGAAGAAGUUAAUCUACCAUGCAGUCAAGUGCACGGUUCGGGCUUCAGGAGGUUGUCAGUUCUGUAAGAAGGCAUGGUCCGGAUUGAUUUUGCAUUCGUUAAACUGUAGAAAACUGAAUUGUACCACACCGCGUUGCAUGGAUCUGAAGAAGCAUGCAGAAGAGCGUCGGCUGAAGAAUUAGUCAGGUAGUGAGCAGUGAGGGUUGCUAAGAGUUGAUAGUCUAAAGUGUAUAGAAUAGGGCAGGAUUGUCAACAGUGGCAGCCUAAUGUAUAGAAAGUUGAGCUUCCAGCGUUAAGUAUUGCACGCGUUAACGAUGUUGUCAAAUAAAAACACAGUAAAAUCUGAGUCUAGUACCAACCCCAUGUAUACAAACUUCGUGGCAUUCCUUCGGACGGGUUGUGACUUGAGGGGUUGGUACGGUUCCAAAACAAAAUAGGCUUAGAAAAGGUAUGCUUUUGAUAACUGGUUAAGGCUCUUUCUGCAGUCCUUACCCCUUCCCUGAACAGAUAGUUAUCUUGGACAUCAGUAGACGAGCGCAUGUUUAGAAUUGGUAAAUCAGAACCUCUAGUUUGAGGCAAUCACUGUUUUUAUGUCUUCUUCUCGUUCUUUAGGUUUCUGAUGUAAUCUUCCGGUGACUUGAUCAUUUAUGUACGUGUACAUGUAAAUUCAAUGUCGUUUUUUAGUAUUUACCAGAAAGAGCUUUGUUG